CCCCCUCCACAGUUGCAGCCCUUGUCUAAUUACUGAAGAAUUACCUUGUACGUGCCCACUAUGUACCUCAGAUAGAGGGAGCUGUGUUAGUACAACCGAAGGGAUCCAACUUGCUAAAGAAUUAGGAGCUACCUACCUUGAACUGCAUAGCCUUGAUGACUUCUACAUAGGGAAAUAUUUUGGAGGAGUGUUGGAGUAUUUUAUGAUUCAAGCCUUAAAUCAGAAGACAAGUGAAAAGAUGAAGAAAAGAAAAAUGAGCAGCUCGUUCCAUGGAAUCAGACCUCCUCAGCUUGAACAACCAGAAAAAAUGCCUGUCUUAAAGGCUGAAGCAUCGCAUUAUAACUCUGACUUAAAUAACUUGCUGUUCUGCUGCCAGUGUGUGGACGUGGUAUUUUACAACCCAGAUUUAAAGAAAGUCGUAGAGGCCCACAAGAUCGUUCUCUGCGCUGUAAGCCAUGUUUUCAUGCUGCUUUUCAGCGUGAAGAGUCCCACUGACAUUCAGGAUUCCAGUAUCAUCCGAACUACCCAGGACCUCUUUGCCAUAAACAGAGACGCUGCAUUUCCAGGUGCUAGCCAGGAGUCUUCAGGCAACCCACCGCUCCGAGUCGUUGUGAAAGACGCCCUCUUCUGCUCUUGUUUAUCAGAUAUUCUGCGCUUCAUUUAUUCAGGUGCUUUUCAGUGGGAAGAAUUGGAAGAAGAUAUCAGGAAGAAGUUAAAAGAUUCUGGGGAUGUUUCAAAUGUAAUUGAGAAAGUUAAAUGCAUUUUAAAAACACCAGGAAAGAUUAAUUGUCUAAGGAAUUGCAAAACCUAUCAAGCCAGAAAACCUCUGUGGUUUUAUAACACUUCCCUCAAGUUUUUUCUUAAUAAACCAAUGCUUGCUGAUGUUGUCUUCGAAAUACAAGGUACGACGGUGCCAGCCCACAGGGCCAUCCUGGUGGCCCGUUGCGAAGUGAUGGCAGCCAUGUUUAAUGGGAAUUACAUGGAAGCAAAAAGUGUCCUGAUUCCAGUUUAUGGUGUUUCCAAAGAGACUUUCUUGUCGUUUUUAGAAUACCUAUACACAGACUCUUGUUGCCCAGCUGGCAUUUUCCAGGCCAUGUGUCUCCUGAUCUGUGCUGAGAUGUACCAAGUGUCCAGAUUGCAGCACAUCUGUGAGCUCUUCAUCAUCACCCAGCUACAGAGCAUGCCAAGCAGGGAGCUGGCAUCCAUGAACCUUGAUAUAGUUGACUUGCUCAAAAAGGCCAAGUUUCACCACUCUGAUUGCCUUUCAACCUGGCUACUUCAUUUCAUUGCCACUAACUACCUCAUCUUCAGUCAAAAGCCUGAAUUUCAGGAUCUUUCAGUGGAAGAACGCAGUUUUGUUGAAAAGCACAGAUGGCCGUCGAAUAUGUACUUGAAGCAGCUUGCAGAAUACAGGAAGUAUAUUCACUCCCGGAAAUGUCGUUGCUUAGUAAUGUAACCUGGAGCUUUUAUAUACAUGACAUUUUUUUAUUAUGAUGAAGAAUGGUAUACCUCUGGGUUCCAGUAAAAUUCUUAUGACCGAAACCAAUAUGGGCUCUGAAAAAACAAAAAAAAUUACCAUACAGCUUAAUAUGUUCAUUAGUUCUCUUUGAAAAAACUGCUAUUGUGGUCCUAAAAGGGAACAGAAUAUACCAUAGACUAAAAAGUAAGGCUUCACCCUAGAAUAUAAAGCUGUUGUACAGCUACAUUUUCCCUUUAAGAUAUCCUGUUACUUUAGUGAUAUUAAGACCCUUCCCAGUUAAGAUGCUUAAAUU